UCCCUUUUGCGCGAUCGUGACCCCGUUUCUUCGAUGACCGACACUCCGUGGCUGCUUGGCCGCCAUUAGAGGAGCCGAGAGCAGGGGAGAGAGAAAGAGAAACGAGAGCAACCGAGGCGAAACGAAGACGAUCGUAGUCUCCCGUCACGAGCUCCCUGUCUACGUUCACAUAUACAGGCGUUUAUCGCACAUAUACGUACACACAGAGAAACGGCCUCUGACGAUAUAUGUGUUCGUGCAGCGUGCUGUUGCGUAGAGGAAGAAGGACACGAGGAAAAGCAGCGCGGCCAAGCGAGACGGACGAUGCGUGAGAGCUCGGGGACCAUGGACUCUUGACAGUGAAUCGAUUCUCUCGCGCUGCCCUGACCUCGUAUUCCUUGCCGCAAUUUCGGUCGACGAACGAAUUAUCGAGGUCAACGACUAGCGUAGUAGUUUCGUACCUCGUGUAAACAGAGUGUAUUGCACGCCGUCGCGAAAGGAAAAAUCUGAGGAAAUAAUCGAACGUUAAACGAGACCACGUAGUUAUACGUGAACAAUAAAGCCGCUGUGUGCGUGCGACACGGCACAGUGGCCGAGAUUUUUUUCCCAACGGAAGUGACGACGAAAAUUGAGACGGUGGAGUCGAAGGAACAGCAAACGGUGGUCCUGAAGGUGGAGCAGGCUGACGAGAUGCUGCAGACGGUGCCUCGUGUGCCUGUCGCAGGGAUUAAGCGACGAUGGGGUAACAGGCACACCGGAAGUCUGCAGGAGUCGAGUCCAGAAGUUUCAAGCAGCGGCGUGUUAUCGCCACCGCCGAAUUUUCAACCCUCCACGCCGGAAAGUGCGGUUGUGAAGAGCGAAGAACUCCAGCUGUGGGAUUUAGACCUUCAUCGGGGUCUACAAACGAAUGGGGAUCAUUAUCGGGCUACCAUCACCGCUACAACUAAUACUACAGUGUUGCCAACGGUCACCGAUCCUGCCUCACCAUUCACCACCCCCAUCGAAGGUAGGGACGAGUUGUCGCAGCCUGGCUCUUUGAACGGGUAUGGGAGCAGCGGAGGCGGAGGUGGAGGAGGCGGAGGAGGCGGAGGAGGAGGCGGCGGAGGCGGCGGGGGUGGAGGCGGAGGCAGCGACGGCUGCGACGCAAGGAAGAAGAAGGGACCGACCCCGAGGCAGCAGGAGGAGUUGUGCCUCGUGUGCGGCGAUCGCGCCUCCGGCUACCACUACAACGCGCUCACCUGCGAGGGGUGCAAGGGCUUCUUCAGGCGAAGCAUCACCAAGAACGCGGUCUAUCAGUGUAAAUACGGGAACAAUUGCGAGAUCGACAUGUACAUGAGGCGCAAGUGUCAGGAAUGCAGGCUGAAGAAGUGUUUGACCGUCGGGAUGAGGCCUGAAUGCGUGGUCCCUGAGUACCAGUGCGCCGUGAAGCGCAAAGAGAAGAAGGCGCAAAAGGAGAAGGACAAGCCGAACAGUACAACGAUGAACGGCUCCCCGGGUAGUGGGAUACGGAGCGAUCAGAUGGGGGUGAAGAUCGAACCGGCCGAGGCAGAGUCGUUGUCCACGUCCGGGAGCAGUGGAAUUUUGACGCCGGUCAGCCCUUACGGCUACGUGAAACCGAUCAGCCCCGAGCAGGAAGAGUUGAUACACAGGCUCGUCUACUUCCAGAACGAGUACGAGCAGCCCAGUGAGGAAGAUCUCAAGAGGAUCACGAAUCAGCCCUCGGAAGGAGAGGAUAUCAGUGAUUACAAGUUCAGGCACAUCACCGAGAUCACGAUCCUGACGGUUCAAUUGAUCGUCGAGUUCUCGAAGAGAUUACCAGGCUUCGACGAGCUGAUGCGAGAGGAUCAGAUCGCUCUGCUCAAGGCCUGCUCCAGCGAGGUGAUGAUGCUUCGAAUGGCGAGGAAGUACGACGUGCAGACGGACAGCAUAAUAUUCGCCAAUAAUCAGCCUUACACAAAGGACAGCUAUACCGUGGCAGGUAUGGGCGAGACGAUCGAGGAUUUGCUACAUUUCUGCCGGCAGAUGUACGCCAUGAAAGUGAACAACGCCGAGUACGCGUUGUUGACCGCCAUUGUCAUAUUCUCAGAGAGGCCGAACCUGCUCGAAGGCUGGAAGGUGGAGAAGAUUCAGGAGAUCUAUCUGGAGGCGUUGAGGGCAUACGUGGACAACAGGCGCAGACCGAAUCCGGGCACGGUGUUCGCGAGGUUGCUGUCCGUGUUGACCGAGCUGCGGACCCUCGGCAACCAGAACAGCGAGAUGUGCUUCAGUCUCAAGUUCAAGAAUAAAAAGCUGCCAGUUUUCCUCGCCGAGAUCUGGGACGUAACACCCUAGUUCCCCCGUGGCCGAUCCCCGUCGGC